ACCUCCGAAACUCCCAUCUUUCGUCUCAGUCUGGUCCGCUCCUGUCGAAACCACUAAGGAAGUAUUGGCAGACAUGGAUGGUGGUUCUAGCAGAGGCGGCACUAGUGCUGACGUGAUAUUACCCAACUACAAACUUGGGAAGACUUUGGGAAUAGGUUCUUUCGGCAAAGUAAAAAUUGCAGAACAUGCAUUAACUGGUCACAAGGUCGCCAUCAAGAUUCUUAAUCGCCGAAAAAUAAAGAACAUGGAAAUGGAAGAAAAAGUAAGAAGAGAGAUCAAAAUACUAAGAUUGUUUAUGCAUCCUCAUAUUAUACGCCUUUAUGAGGUUAUAGAGACACAAUCAGAUAUCUAUGUUGUAAUGGAAUAUGUGAAAUCUGGUGAACUUUUUGAUUAUAUUGUUGAGAAGGGCAGAUUGCAAGAGGAUGAAGCUAGACGUUUUUUCCAGCAGAUAAUUUCUGGUGUUGAGUAUUGCCACAGAAACAUGGUAGUACAUCGAGAUCUUAAGCCAGAAAACCUGCUUCUGGAUUCAAAAUGCAAUGUUAAAAUUGCUGACUUUGGCUUGAGUAAUAUCAUGCGUGAUGGCCAUUUUCUGAAAACGAGUUGUGGGAGUCCGAACUACGCUGCUCCAGAGGUUAUUUCUGGUAAACUGUAUGCUGGGCCAGAGGUUGAUGUUUGGAGUUGCGGUGUUAUUCUUUAUGCUCUUCUCUGUGGUACUCUUCCGUUUGAUGAUGAAAACAUACCAAACCUCUUUAAGAAAAUAAAGGGUGGGAUAUAUACCCUUCCUAGUCAUCUUUCUUCUUUAGCAAGGGAUCUAAUUCCAAGGAUGCUUGUUGUUGAUCCGAUGAAGAGAAUGACUAUUCGCGAGAUUCGUGAACAUCCAUGGUUCCAGGCUCGUCUUCCUCGUUAUCUGGCUGUGCCUCCCCCUGAUACAAUGCAACAAGCUAAGAAGAUUGAUGAAGAAAUCCUUCAGGAGGUUGUAAUAAUGGGAUUUGAGAAGAACCAGUUGGUUGAAUCUCUGCAUAACAGAAUCCAAAAUGAGGCGACUGUAGCGUAUUAUUUGCUUCUAGACAACAGGUUCCGUGUUGCCAGUGGCUAUCUUGGAUCUGAACUUCAGGAAAGCAUGGAAUGUGGCUUCACUCGAGUGGGUACAUGUGACAUGCCUGCUCCUGCUGUUAGCCCUCCUGCUGUUAGCCCUCGCAUGUUUGGAUAUGUGGAUCCUCAGGGUGCGAGUUUAAGGCCCCAUUUCCCUUCUGAAAGAAAAUGGGCUCUUGGCCUUCAGUCUAGAGCUCAUCCUCGUGAAAUAAUGAUGGAAGUUCUUAAAGCGCUUCAAGAAUUAAAUGUUUCUUGGAAAAAAAUUGGUCACUACAAUAUGAAAUGCAGAUGGAUGCCUGGAUUUUAUCGUGGAUACAGUGAUGAAUCUGACAUCAUUGGAAAUGAUGAUCUUGCUGCAAGUGCAUCUUAUGUGGUUAAGUUUGAAGUUCAGCUUUAUAAGACCAGAGAGGAGAAGUACCUUCUUGACUUGCAGAGGGUCAAUGGCCCACAGCUUCUAUUUUUGGACCUCUGUGCCGCAUUCCUAGCUCAACUGAGAGUUCUAUGAUGGCUUUCUCCUCCUUCAUUUUUCCGGUUGCGCUACUGUUUUCCUUCAACAUCUGCUCAUGUAAAACUUGAUCACCGAAAUUGAUUUGGGGGCGGAUUAGACAGUAUUCAUAAAUGUAUAUAGUCUGUCACUGGCUUACCUUUUUGCGGUGCGCUGGCGUUGGCUUUUAUGAAAUUGCUUCCACGAAUUGGUACCUCCCAAAACAUACAAAAGUAGUAAUAAAAAGCAAAUUAAUGCAUUUUAA